UGAGCGCGUCUCGCCUCCCCUGUUGCCGCUGAGUCCACUCUGUGGUCAAGCCACCGCCGUGUCCCCCAGUGUCCCUCUGUUGAGCACGUCUUUCAGCUCCUGUCCUCCUUGUCUCUGCGGGGCAACCAUGUCUGACACUGAGGACUAUGAGGAUCAAGCGGAGGAGGAGGAGCAGGAGGAAGAGGAGCCUGAACCUGAACCCGAACCUGAACCCGAGCAGGAAGAGGAAGGAAGGGGUGAGGGCUUCGCAGAGCGGUCCGAGGACACGGAGUACGCAGAGGAGGAGCGCCCCAGACCCAAGCCUCUGGUCCCCCAGCUCGCCCCACCCAAGAUCCCCGAGGGCGAGAGAGUGGACUUUGAUGACAUCCACAGGAAGAGGAUGGAGAAGGACCUGCUGGAGCUGCAGACCCUCAUCGACGUCCACUUUGAGCAGAGAAAGAAGGAGGAGGAGGAGCUCAUCGCACUGAAGGAGAGAAUCGAGAGGCGCCGGUCGGAGCGCGCGGAGCAGCAGCGGGUUCGAGCCGAGAAGGAGCGAGACCGACAGACGAGGAUCGCGGAGGAGCGCCAGAGGAAGGAGGACGAGGAGGCCAAGAAGCGAGCGGACGACGAGGCCAAGAAGAAGAAGGUGCUCUCCAACAUGGGCGCCAACUUCGGCGGCUUCCUGGCCAAGGCCGAGCAGCGCAGGGGCAAGCGCCUCACGGGCCGUGAGAUCAAGAGGAAGACCCUGGUGGAGCGGCGCUCCCCGCUGGCCAUCGAGAACCUGCGUGAGGACGGCCUGAGGGCUCGCGCCCAGGAGAUGUGGAACUGGAUCUACCAGCUCGAGUCGGACAAGUUUGACUUCAUGGAUGUGAUGAAGAAGCAGAAGUACGAGAUCGUCGUUCUGCUCAACCGAAUUUCUCACGCCCAGAAGUUCAAAAAGGUUCACGGUAAAGGCAAAGUGGGGGGGCGCUGGAAGUAGCACCGUGGUACAGAUGUGCGGUGCGCCGAUGGCCGGCUGAUGGACACGUCCAGUCUCCUUACAGAGGACACC